GUGGCGAUUAAUGAAUCACAUCAACAUACAUCCAAGAUUUCUCUUCCCUACAACUUCAUACUCUCUACCCCUGGUCAAUAUCUUGAUCCACGAUUGCGAUCAACCUCUCCGUCCUUCAAACCACGAAUACCCUUCAGACCAACCGUUUUGCAGAUAAUGGCUCUCGUGGCAUACGGCUCCGAUUCCGAUGUCUCCGACAGCGAGACUGCCGCCCCUACGCCUUCUUCCAUAAAACCCACCCCAGAACCGAAAACCUCGAAACCGUCGACCAAACCAUCGUUCAAGAAAGUCGUCGACCGAUCCAACCCUCACAAGAUCCGCGUGGACCUCCCGAGUCUGUCCCAGGCACCGGACGAGGAUACGCCAGAGGAUGGACCACCUUCCAAGAAGCCGCGCAUUGGUGAUUCAGGAAUGGGGUUUAACUCCUUCCUUCCUGCGCCAAAGAACCGGGCAAAGCCAUUAGGUCGGGGAGUCAGUCUAAAAACGGGUGCCGAGCCGGCAUUUAGUAGAGAAUCUACAAUGUCUCAACUACCGAGUCGAUCGGACGGUACCAUCCCUACAGCUGCGCAUUCGGACAGCCAGCAAGUUGGUUCGACGACAUCCGAAGCAACGGCCUCGGAGGCGUCGAAAGAGGUGAAGUUGGUUGGUAAAGCCACGAUGUUCAGACCGUUGUCGGUUGCAAACAAAAAGAAGCAGAAGGCAAAAGCGACGACCGUGGCUCAGGCUCGUCGAGCUGCUACAAACAUACAGACGGCUCCUACGGGACGCGAGCCAGGCACGGGUGCAGUGCAGGAGACCAAGCCAAAGAAGGUGUCAUUAUUCUCCUUCGCUAGCGAGGAAGCUGAGUCCAGCCACGUGCCAGACCCAGUGCAGGAUGCUGGCUAUACUCCCCUAUUAUACACGGAGAGUCGACCAGAUGGCACAGUAGCCGAGGAGGUGCCCGAGGACCUCCACAAUGGAUCCACGACACACCAGCAAGCGAAUGCUCCAGAAGGCGGCCCGCAGUCUCUCAACCAAAUCGCCUCCGACCUCAACCUCUCUGAAUCCGCGCGCCGACAGCUCUUCGGCCGUCAGAAAGGCAAACCGGGCAGCUCCGCGGCGGCGGCGAGCGUGCUCAACUUCAACACGGACCAGGAGUACGCGGCCAACGAGGUGCUGCGAGCGGCGGGCGAGACGGUGCAGCACAAUCCGGUCAAGGCGAUCGCUCCGGGCAAGCACUCGCUGAAGCAGCUGGUGAACGCGGCGAGUAGCCAGCGGGAGGCGUUGGAGGAGUCGUUUGCGACGAAUAAGAGGAAUAAGCGGGAGGCGGGGGGGAGGUAUGGAUGGUAGAUUGUCUCGGGCAUCUGCUGAAGAGAUACAUGAUGAUAUUAUAGAGUUGAUCCCAUCCCGUACUUGCUAAUUCAACGCAUAUCUGCCCACGAAUUCUCAAUAGGAAUCCUCAGCAACCUCUUGCAUCGCAGUCCCACCCGCAUUUGUGUUAUAGAUGUAUCCUCCGAACAUA